AUGCCCACGGCUAAGAGGCAGAAGAAGAGCGGCGAGGCUCAGGCUGCGCCGUCAACUCGAUCUCAAACGAAGGCUACCGGCGAUCGCCCGACAGUUGCCGACAUCGAGGGGGAGAGUGCAUUCGCUCAGCUGGCAAAGAAGCACUGGCUCAAGACGACUAGAAGCAAGAGGGCAGCCAAGGUCAAAGUCAAGAACGACGUUCUCAAAAAGGAGAUUUGGGAUGUUCUAGAGCGCGAUGGAUUCCCGUAUAAGUCCAUCUUGACCUUGGAAAGUUUGCAAACGCUGGAGAGGCUGUCUCGCAGCUAUCUUUGGCCUGGCUAUACGGACGACUCUUCCAACCACCAUGUCUUGCUAGUGGUACUACUGGUGAAUGCGAAGCGGCGCGAACAACUCGAGGCAUGGAGCAUAUUUGAGGACCGUCCAGACGAGUUUUCGAGCCUGUUCCGCAGAGUCUUGUCCAUGACGCUCGAUCCAACACUAUCUCCCACAAUUCGCACACACCUGUUGUCGUUCCUGAUAUCAGCCUUCCAGAGCCUGGACUGUGCGAUUGUGAGGAAAGAAUGUGCGCCGUUGGUCUCCAUUUCCAUAUGGCACAGCCUUUCAACGGAGGAACUUCGCGAGGAGAAGCUCGAACAGAAUGCGCAUGUGAAGAAGGCAUGGCGAGCUGCAGGAAAGAGAUACGACGCUGCCGACGACGCCACAAAGGCGAAGCUGCGGUUUGACCGAUCUUGGUUGUAUACCUUGAUCCUGCAUUUCUUGAACUUGAUAUACACGGAAGAUGCCAAGCCAGAUCAAAUUCUCUACUGCGAGCGUCUCGUUGAGUUCCUGACGGACUUGCAGAGUCAGCUCCCAACCCGAAGAUACGUCAACACUCUCCUGCUCGAUCUCCACGUGUUGCCUGCCAUGCGCCUAUCUCCAAUGUUUAAUGAUGAGGGAAACACCCUUUUGCGUGAUCUCAACGCGCUUCUUCGACACUACACAUUUUUCACGAUUGACGAUCAGACGGGCGCACAGCUGAGCCGUACGGAGGCGUACGACAGACAUUGCGCAAACCUGUCAAGACUUCAAAAGACAUCACUGAAACACUUUAAGGACAAACUCACAGUCCUGGCGCUGUCGAAUUAUGGCGCCAUCGACAAGAGGGAAGAGCUCUCUGGGCUCUUGGAGCCCCUUACCGACAAUGAGGUCGUGGAGCUGGCGGCACUGCUUCGUCUACGAACAACGUAUCCUGAAUCAGUAGCCGUGAGCAUUGACAGGAAGUUUCUCAUCGAGACAAUGCUCUCCACCUUUGAACGGCGGAAAACAUUCCAGGAGGUCGCCCGCGAUAUGAGCCUGGUCCCCACAGAGCAGUCUUUGUUUGAGAAUAACGUUAUGAGGACGGAUAACUACGACGGAUCUCACCCCCUGGCAUUGCCAAAGCUGAAUCUACAGUACCUGUCUGUUGGAGAUUUCCUGUGGAGAUCCCUCGUCUUGUACCGCGCCGAGGCUUUUUACGGCAUCAGGAAGGACGUGGAAUCAGCCAUCCGACGUCUUCGGCCUGAAAGCCGGGGACCAGGAGAGACGGCUUUCCAAGGGUUUUCCAAGAUGGCGUUGCCAACCUCGAAGCCUUCGAUCCUCGAAGUUGCGCCUCCACUCGUGGGAGACGACAAGCCAUCUUUGGUUCGGGCAGAGAUCUCCAUAGACGUUCGCCGCUUGAAUGACGGCAUCAAGCGUGAAUGGGACUCGCUGAGACCAGACGACGUUGUCUUCCUCCUGGCCAUCCAGGCGCCGGCAGCCAACAGCAUCACCAACGGAGACGGCGCACACUCGGAAGCCGAGAAGCUUGGUGUCGUAUCCAUCCGAUCUGCCGAGAUCAUCCAGAUCACAGACGACAAGGGCAAAGUAGUCCGGGAUGGUUCAGGGCACUACGACAGUCGGCGACGGUUCCAGUUGAGGUUGGAUCCCAGGACAUAUGCUGCUGACGCCGAGCGUUCAUCUGCAAACCCCCCCGAGGCCUACGAGCGGAUCAAUAUUGUUAUGCGCCGCAGCGGAAGGGAGAACAACUUUAAGCCAGUUCUGGAGUCCAUCCGCAGUCUGACGCUUUCCGAAGUGCCAAUUGCUUCAUGGUUCCAUGAGGUUUUCCUCGGCUAUGGCGACCCUGCCGGCGCAACCUACAAGCAACUGCCGAACCGCAUCAAGGCAAUCGACUACCGCGACACUUUCCUGGACUGGCAGCAUCUUACAGGAAGCUUGCCGGGCAAGGUUGUUGAACCUAGAGAUGACGUUUCUGGCAGCUUUGGCCCGCCCUACGUCUUGGAGACGGCCGAACGCCAGGCAGUCGAGCCACCAUCAAAGCCUUCAAAGAAGCGCCGUCGAGAUGUCGAGCCCGCUCUCCUGGCCGACGUCGAGACCGUGAAGGUGUCGACCUACAAGCCGCCAAACAUGGGUCCAUACCCCGUCGAUGCGCCGAAGCUGAACAAGGUGCGCUUCACCCCGGCACAGAUCGAGGCGAUUACUUCGGGAACGCAACCCGGACUCACUGUUGUCGUGGGACCCCCCGGCACGGGCAAGACGGAUGUCGCAACACAGAUCAUCAACAACAUCUACCACAACUUCCCAGAGCAAAAGACACUCCUGAUAGCGCACAGCAACCAGGCACUCAACCAGUUGUUUGCGAAGAUCGUGGCCCUGGAUAUCGACGCGCGCCAUCUUCUUCGUCUCGGACACGGCGAAGAAGAACUGUACACCGAAGGCAGCUUCAGCAAGCAUGGCCGUGUGGAAUCGUUCCUGGAAAACCGAGAUCGAUAUCUGCAUGAGGUCAACCGCCUGGCCGCCAGCAUUGGCGCGCCGGGUGCGCAUGGCAACUCUGCGGAGACCGCCGGCUACUUCAACUCCGUCUACAUCGAACCAGCCUGGGCCAAGUUUACGGAAAUCACCAAGGCAGAGGAGGCCACGGCGGCUGAUGUUGUCGGAGCGUUCCCCUUCCAUCAGUUCUUCUCGGACGCGCCGCAGCCGCUGUUCCCACCCGAGGCAGACAAGGACACUGUUCUGGACGUCGCCAAUGGUUGCUACCGGCAUAUUGCGAAGAUCUUCUCCGAACUGGCUGACGCGAUGCCGUUUGAGAUCUUGCGCCGGGACAAGGACAAGGCCAACUACCUGUUGACCAACGAAGCACGUAUCAUUGCCAUGACGUCGACUCAUGCGGCCAUGAGACGCGGGGAGAUCGCAUCGCUUGGGUUCCACUACGACAACGUAAUCAUGGAGGAGGCCGCUCAAAUCACCGAGAUUGAGAACUUCAUCCCCUUGGCCAUGCAGAAGCCGCAAAAGGGACAGAUGGGCCUGCAGAGGGUCGUACUCUGCGGCGAUCACUUCCAGAACUCCCCAGUCAUCCAGAGCAUGGCGUUCCGCCACUACGCAAACCUUGAGCAGUCGCUUUUCUCGCGGCUUGUGCGUCUUGGCGUCCCUACCAUCAACCUCGACCAGCAAGGCAGAGCCCGCCCGUCCAUCGCCAGCCUCUACCAGUGGCGAUACCCCAAGCUGGGCAACUUGCCGCACGUCGAGGCCGAAGGCGAAUACCUUGCUGCGAAUGCAGGCUUCAAGUACGACUACCAGUUCAUCAAUGUGCCCGACUACAAGGGACGCGGAGAGACGGAGCCCACUCCUCACUUCAUCCAGAACCUCGGAGAGGCCGAAUACGCGGUGGCCGUAUACCAGUACAUGCGACUGCUGGGUUACCCGGCGUCCAAGAUUAGCAUCUUGACGACAUAUGCCGGUCAGCGAGCCCUGGUGAAGGACGUCCUGGCCCACCGAUGUGCCAACAAGGCGGUCUUUGGAAUGCCCAAGGUCGUCACAACCGUGGACAAGUACCAGGGCGAGCAAAACGACUACAUCAUUUUGUCGUUGACCCGCACAUCAAGGGUCGGGUAUCUGCGGGACAUUCGUCGCAUGACGGUUGCCCUCUCCCGUGCUCGCCUCGGGCUGUACAUUCUUGGACGCCGCGAGAUCUUCGAGGCAUGCUACGAGCUGCGGCAAGCGUUCGAGCAACUCCUGUCCCGACCUGACAAGCUAAUGCUUGUCACGGGCGAGCUCUACCCCACGGAGAGACUGCUCACUGGCGACGCCAAUGCAGAGGUGCCCGGUGAGGUGUGCAUGGAGGGAGUGGAGCAUCUCGGACAGUACGUGUACGAGAUGACUAAGACAAAGGUCAACCAGCUGCAAGCGGAGAGCGCGAUACCUGACGGCGAGAUGGAGGUGCAAGAGACCCCGCUGGAAGCCGUGGAGGAGGUCGAAGAGGACGGGGAUGACGUCGAGGCAGAGGCUCCCGAAGAGGUGGAGGAGUGA